UCCCCACUGGACGGAAUGGAAUGAAGGAGGAGGAAAAGGUUUCUUCUCCGUGGAAACUUUGCCAUUUAUUAAUGGGAGAUGCUGAGCGGGCGACCAACAUAACCAGAGCCAUUUGAGGGUGACGCCUUUUCUGUUACUUCAAGAUCCCUAUGGAAUUCGUAGCUAUGGUGGAAACUCAUUCUUUUUGCCUAGUUUAAAGGGUGUAGCGUCUUCUUUUUACAGAGGGAAGGCAGAAAAAGACCCCUGAAUGUUGUCUCUAGAACCCACAGAAAAGAAUAAACUAGUGAAAGGAAGGGAAGGAAGAAAGCAAAGACAUGGCACUCCCAUGAGCGCUAGCUUAUGAUAUUUGCUAAUGACUGAACAGAAGGGAAGAUGAAGCCUAUUAGCAGCUGGUUGGGUUUCUCUCUCUCUCCCCACGUUUCCAUGGAUACCACCCUUUCAAGUCAUCAGCAGGAGCAAGCCCCAGCCCCAGCUGUUGCGCCUUCUCUCUUCCUGGCUUCCCACUUCAACAGGCAGUUGAACAACUCGGGUCUGUGUUAUGGCGUCGAAAGUGAGACUGCGGGGUUCUUACCUCAUUUGUCAGCAAUGCCGCUCAAAUCUGAUGGUUCUUUAUGCAUCAUGGAAGCUCUCAACAGAUCGCAAACCGAAGGCGGUCUGGUGCACACUUCAUCUCCUAAACUAGAAGAUUUCUUGGGUGGUGCAUCCAUGGGUGCACAUCAGUAUGGAGGUGAUAACGAGGCCAUGGCUCUUAGCCUAGACAGCAUGUAUUACCAACAAAACCCAGCAUCACAGAAUACUAGGCACUCUCUUGGUCCUCACUCAUACAGAAAUGUUGGCAUCCAGCACCAGGCAGCUUUUCAACCACUGCAGCAAGAUGGCAUUUGCUUAAUGACAAACCACGAGUUUUUCCACUCAUCAUUGGGUGACGAGUCCAAACACAAUAAUCUUUCAAGCUCUUCCCUGCAUCUUCCCUCAAUAGCAGGUGAUGAUGGUAUCUCUGCUCUCAAACCCUGGGCUAGAAGUUAUUCCUGUGAUAUGGAACAAAAGAUGAACACCAGCAUAUGCAACGAGUCACCUUCUGUUGGAGCUAUGAGUUAUGCCGGGGACCUGCAGUCCUUGAGCCUCUCAAUGAGCCCUGGUUCACAGUCUAGCUGUGUUACUGCACCCCAGCAGAUUUCUCCUGUGGGAGGUGAUUCAGUUGGUAUGGAAUCCAAGAAGAGGGGAGGUGCAAAAAUUGUGCAGAAACAGCCUGUGCAUAGGAAGUCCAUUGACACUUUUGGACAGAGAACAUCCCAGUACAGAGGGGUUACAAGGCAUAGAUGGACCGGAAGAUAUGAAGCCCAUCUAUGGGAUAAUAGCUGUAAGAAGGAAGGGCAGACCAGAAAAGGAAGACAAGUCUAUUUAGGUGGUUAUGACAUGGAAGAGAAAGCAGCCAGGGCUUAUGACUUAGCGGCGCUCAAAUAUUGGGGACCAUCUACUCACAUCAAUUUCCCGUUGAGCAAUUAUCAGGAAGAACUUGAAGAGAUGAAGAACAUGAGCAGGCAAGAAUACGUUGCCCACUUGAGAAGGAAAAGUAGUGGAUUUUCAAGAGGCGCAUCUAUGUACAGAGGCGUAACAAGGCAUCAUCAACAUGGGAGGUGGCAAGCUAGGAUUGGUAGAGUUGCUGGAAACAAAGAUCUUUACCUGGGGACCUUUAGUACUCAGGAGGAAGCUGCCGAAGCAUAUGAUAUUGCUGCCAUCAAGUUCCGAGGCUUGAACGCGGUUACCAACUUUGACAUAUCCAGAUACGAUGUCGAGAGAAUCAUGGCUAGCAGCACCCUGUUAUCAGGAGAGAUGGCCAGGAGAAACAGAGAGCUUGAGCCUGUUGAUGAAGCAGCUGCCAAUCAACCGAAGAACAUGAUUGAAACUGGUGGUACAGCAGCCGAUAUGUCUGAAGUGAACACUGCCGCCAAUGACUGGAAAAUGGUUCUUUACCAUCCCUCAGACGAAUCAACUCCUGUAACAGAGCAUCUCGAUCCAAAGCCUUUAGGCGUUGCCGACUACCGGAAUCCUUCAUUCUCAUCAACACUGCAUGACAUGAUCGGAAUCAGCACUGGCUCUUUGAAUCAGAACGAUCAAGGAGAAGAAGACGCCAACAAGUUUAUGGCAAACUUAUCCAAUGCUUCAUCCAUGGUAGCCAGCAUGAGUAGCAGCAUCUCAGAGGAUGAUGCCAGGGAAGAAAGCCCUGAUAAAACCGGCAUGUCCGGCCUCUUCUCGAAGCCACAGCCCGCAAUGUCCAAGAUGGCUUCUCCUAGCCCCCUGACUGUGUGGAUGCCACCAUCUCAUCUAAGGCCUGUGAUCUCCAUGGCUCAUAUGCCUGUUUUUGCAGCAUGGACCGAUACAUAGGGACAUGAAGGCAGAAGGCAGAUGGAAGAGAAUUUUGCAACACAGUGGCCUACCACUUGGUCAGUUGUAGUAACAAAUGUGGAAUGCAUCAAGGAGGAAGAGCAAAGCUUUUUAUGAAUGUAGGUUGGCAAGAAACAUGUGGACAUGUCUUCAUUUUCCAGAUCCAGCAGUGGACCAGUGUGUGCCCAUAGUGAGGGUUUCAGGCCCAAGUUUUUGGCCCCACGGAGACACUUGAAAACAGAGACACAGUGCCCAAUGAUCUUGUUUUUCUUCUGUACCAGGAUAGUUAUGUUGAUAAUAUUUACUCAAAAACAUGCUUUGAGCACUAAAACUUGAAUCAAAGGCAUGCCAAAUGAGAUAGUGGAAAAGGAAAAAAAAAAACAAUUAGCGUUCAAAUCAUUGCAAUCGGCAUGAUUUAAUUUUAUGGUACACUGAGACAUUGAUGACUAGCUACAAAUUUUUUA